CUGCAGUCUUUGCAGCCUCUGUUUUCGUGUUCUCCUCCUCGUCUUGCCUCGGUGUAUCUGUCCGUUCCGGGAAUGUUGACCGACGUGGCCUGAUCUGACGCUGUCGACUGUCCCUGCAUCUCCACACCGCCGCCGCCGCUGCUCUCCGUGUCUGCCUGUGAGGGUCGUAAGCCUGCCCGAACCGAUUUCGCUGUAAGGUUCUGCUCUGUCCAUCUAAUCAAGAAGUGAUUUCAACCAGACAGACUGUAAAAAAAGCUAAAGAAAAAGAAACCUGAGCCAUGGCAGUGGCCGGAUGUCCGGAUUAUUUCCUACAUCAUCCCAAUUACCAGCAGGAAAAUAUCGACCGAUCUUCCAAUCACAGACAGACUGACCUCAUUGGUCCGAGAUUCCAGCAACCAACCAAUCAGAGUUCUUCUAACCAUCAAGAGGAUGAUGUCGACUUGGAGGCCCUGGUGAAUGAUAUGGACUCUUCACUGGAGAGCCUGUACUCCUCAUGCAGUGGUCAACAGACGGAGUUGAUCCCUCUGCUGCACAACGGACAGACCUCUACAUCACAUCAUCAUCAUCACACACAUCAACACAACCAGCCACGGCAGGGACAGCACUCACACGGGAUAAGCCACGUCUCCCCAGAGCCGCCCACUUCAUCCUCUUCGUCCGUGGACUCGCCUCAAACUGGCCUCCGGCGGUCACAGCCAAUGCACAUCAAUGCUGUCAGGAGAUUGCAGGAGCAGGAGCAGCAGCUGAGGACAUCAUCUCUCCCGGCCAUCCCCAACCCUUUCCCUGAGCUCUGUAGCCCAGCAAGCUCCCCUGUCCUCAGUCCUGGAUCUCUACCCCCUGGAGAACCCCCUUCAGGCAAACAUAUUGUGAAGAUCUUCAGUGAAGACGGCAUGGGUAAAGUUGUGGAGAUCCCAGCCAAUAUGACAGCCAGGGACCUGUGCCAGCUCCUGGUUUAUAAAAGCCAUUGUGUGGAUGACAACAGUUGGGCACUUGUUGAACACCACCCACUACUAGGGCUAGAGCGUUGCCUAGAAGACCAUGAACUGGUGGUUCAGGUCCAGGCCUCCAUGAACAGCGAUGGUAGAUUCCUCUUCAGGAAGAACUAUGCCAAAUAUGAAUUCUUCAGAAACCCCCUGACAUUUUUCCCAGAGCACAUGGUUGCAUGGUGCCAGGAAACCAAUCAUGCAAUUCCACCAUCUCAGCUCCUUCAGAACUUCCUAGCCACCAGUAGCUGUCCAGAAAUCCAGGGGCAUCUGUACAUGAAGGAGAUGGGAAGGAAAUCAUGGAAGAAGGUUUACAUGUUCCUUCGGCGCUCAGGGCUCUACUGUUCUACAAAAGGAACCUCAAAGGAGCCCAGACAUCUACAGUUACUAGCAGACCUGGAAGACAGCAACAUCUUCACUGUCAUCACAGGCAAAAAGCAGCACGGUGCACCCACAGACUAUGGGUUCUGCAUCAAGCCUAAUAAAUGCAGAGGGGAGAUGAAGGAGCUGAGAAUGCUGUGUGCAGAGGAUGAGCAGAGCAGAACCUGUUGGAUGACUGCCUUUCGACUCUUCAAGUUUGGGAUUGUAUUGUACCAGAAUUACAAGAUUCCUCAACAAAGGAAAACUUUACUUUCUCACUUUUCAGCUCCUGUGAGGAGCGUAUCAGAGAACUCCCUUGUGGCAAUGGAUUUCUCAGGGAGGAUAGGCAGAGUGAUUGACAACCCAGUGGAAGCUCAGAGUGCUGCCAUGGAGGAGGGGCACGCAUGGAGGAAGAGGAGUCAACGAAUGAACAUAUUGGGCUCCCACAGUCCAUUGCACCACUCCUCGCUAAGCUCAGUCAUCCACAUAGCUCAGCUCUGGUUCCAUGGCAGGAUAACCAGAGAAGAGUCCCAUCGCAUUAUCCACCAGCAGGGACAAGUAGAUGGGUUGUUUUUGCUGCGUGUCAGUCAGAGUAACCCCAAGGCGUUUGUGCUCACAUUGUGCCAUCACCAGAAAAUCAAACAUUUCCAGAUCCUACCGUGUGAAGAGGACGGCCAAGGCUUCUUAAGCCUCGACGAGGGCGCCACCAAAUUCACCGACCUGAUUCAGCUGGUGGAGUUCUACCAGCUCAACAGAGGAGUGCUGCCUUGCAAACUCAAACACCCGUGCACCGUCGUAGCCUUAUGACCCCUUCGGAUCAUAUGACCCCCGACACUUGACCUGACUCUGCCUAAAAUGAAAAGAAUCUCCCUUUUGGUCGGUUCUUUUUGUUUUUAUCUUCAUAAGAAGCUGGUGAAUUGACUGAUGUUGUCAUUGCUAUUGUUUUUAUAUCGUGAGUUCGCUGGAGACUUGAUGACUUGACGGAUUUCUUUUCAUCUGCGCGGAGGUUUGAGGAGUCGGAUGCACAACUUACUCCAGAGGCUCCCCAUUUAAGACAAGUUAAAAGAAAUGAACACUGCCAUUUGUGUCGAUGCUGUUGCAGAAUCUUCCACAAUAUUUCUAUCAAUAGUCACUAGCAAGCACGGACCCUUGAGGUUUUCCCAUGCAGCUCAAAUGUGGACUGUAGUUCCCUUCAACUGGACAAUCAGCUGGACAAUUCAAGCUUUCGUGUGGACCACUCUGCUCUUUGAGGACAAACAAGUCUCAUUAAUUUUUAUCACACGUCCACAAAAUCAGUUAAGCGUUUGUCGCUUAGUUUUGUACUUGUUGAAGUGGGCAUCGCCUUGGAUAAUGCAUGACCUCUCAAGUGGUGCGUUAUUUAACUGUGAGAUGGUGCCAUCGCCCUCUAGUGUCAUAAGCAUGCAUGGACAUUUUGGGGCACCGGGGGUUUUAUUUUUUAAUCCCUUUUGAGUUUUGCAAAAAUUAAAAGCUAUUGAAACAAAGCAUUUGGUAUAGAACACAAAAUCUGCUUUUUCCACAUACUCAAAUGUGUUGGCUCAUCUCUGACCACAGGGAUUUUUUUUUUUCUUUAUGAUGCAGCAACUGCAGUUAUUUAUUAUC